GGCUUUGCAUGGAACGUUUUCGAUUGAAUACAAUUCAAUCAGUAUUUAUAAAUCUCACAUUUUAAUUUACAUCAAGUUCAAUUCAAUAAUCAAAUUAUAAUUAAGGCGCGAUUUGGUGGCCUGAAUCAUCUAAAAUUCCAGUUGAUAACUGGAAAUAUUAAGAACUUGCACAUUAUACAAAACAAAAAAAAUACUGGAUUCUUCUGUGGCCCUUACGAGGCCACUAACCGGAAGUGUUCACUGUAAUACGGAUCUAGACACAACGAGUAGAUGAAAUUCAAGUUACCCAACAAGUUGCCCGACAGCCACAAACGAUAACAAAAAAAAAACACAAACAAGUAAAGCAAACGUAAAUCGCAGCCAAAAUGACGACCUACAUGAAGAUAUUCAACGAGCGCAUCUCCGGCUUGGCCAAGGGUGUGGAUGAAACUGUGGACAGUUGGUUUUUAAUGAGUUCACCGGGUCCUGUGGUGGCUGUGGUAAUGAUUUAUCUGGCAUUUGUGCUCAAAAUUGGACCGGAGUAUAUGAAGAAUCGCAAGCCAAUGGAUCUAAAGCGCAUUAUGGUAUUUUACAAUGCCUUUCAGGUGUGCUACUCCAUCUGGAUGUGUCAUACGUCCAUACAGGAGAGCAAUGUUAUAUCAUCGAUAUUCUCCAAGAAGUGUGAGAUCAAUCGUACUCGCGAUCAAAAUCUGAGACUCUAUUCGGGCGCCUGGUUCUAUUUCUUCUCGAAGAUCAUCGAUCUGCUGGAUACCACGUUCUUUGUGCUGCGCAAGAAGAACAAUCAGGUGUCGUUCCUGCACGUCUAUCAUCAUACGAUUACAGUGCUCUUCUCCUGGGGCUAUCUGAAGUAUGCGCCCGGAGAGCAAGGCGUCAUCAUUGGUAUCCUCAACUCCGGUGUCCACAUCAUCAUGUACUUCUACUAUAUGGUCGCCGCAAUGGGACCUCAAUACCAGAAAUAUCUGUGGUGGAAGAAGUACAUGACCAGCAUUCAGCUGAUUCAGUUUGUGCUCAUCCUGGGCUAUAUGCUUGCCGUGGGUGCCAAGGGUUGCAACAUGCCCAAGACUCUCACAUUCUUCUUUGUGGGCAACACGGUCAUCUUUCUAUAUCUGUUUGGCAAUUUCUACCGCAAGACCUACAACAAAUCGAAGAGCAUCGAGGGCAAUGGAAUGAUCCGCAAUGGCGGAAGGAGCCUCAAUCUGGCGCAGUCGGCCCUGCGUGCUGCCGGCGGUAUGGGCUGUAUGCCAAUGCAAACCACGAACAAUAACAAUGCCAGAGAAUUCAAGCCAUACCUCGAUCUGAACAACAACAGUGUGAAACCCCUGAAGCUGGAAUGAGUUAACAAAUAUCUGGGCCCCAUUUACGUUGGGAACCGGUUGGGGUUUUGUCUUUAGGUUAGCUUUACAUUUCUUAGAGCGGGGCUUUAGUCUAGAGUUUAAUGUAUCCUUAACCCUAUCUGUAUAUGAAAAUAUUCUGAAUAAUGAACUUGUAUAAUGUACGUGUAUAA